AUCCAGUAAACCCUAACAUCACCGUCUUCUCCAACAUCAAAAUUAAUUAAGCAAAUCAAAAGCAGAGCGUUUCAAAAAUGUCAGGAAGAGGAAAGGGAGGCAAAGGAUUGGGAAAGGGAGGAGCCAAGAGGCACAGGAAAGUUCUCCGGGAUAACAUUCAGGGAAUCACCAAGCCGGCGAUUCGGCGUCUGGCUCGUAGGGGAGGCGUGAAGCGUAUCAGCGGUUUGAUUUACGAAGAAACCAGAGGCGUAUUGAAGAUCUUUCUUGAGAAUGUGAUUCGCGACGCUGUUACUUACACUGAGCAUGCUAGGAGGAAGACUGUUACUGCUAUGGAUGUCGUUUAUGCUCUUAAACGACAAGGCCGUACUCUUUAUGGCUUUGGCGGUUAGAUUGUAAAUUAAAUUAGUUAAUCUGGAUCUGUAAUCGAAGUUGUUUCAAUUUUAAUUCAAAUCUGGUGAUUUUCAAUUA